GUGACGCAUCUUCACCAGGCCGGGCUCGAGUAGCAUUGAUCGGCAUGUGUAGUGCUUUUCUGACCAGUUUUCAGUAAUGACUAUAAAUUGGUGGAGCUGCAGUUUUUGGCACCAGUAACUUAUAGGAGCUCCUUGCAAGUGUGUGUGAUAUCUGGUUCAUGGUUAGCUUAUACUUUAUUUUCUCUUCACUGCAUACCCGAAGAGCAGGUCACACUUCAUCAAAGAUGACGCAAUCUUCAAGAGGCAAUUUACGCCUGACCCUACCACAAGCCCGUCAAGCCACAGCUCUAUCCAUUGUGUUUUGUCUGUGUUUCUGGUACGCUAGUGCCAACAACAGUUGGUAUUGUUCUGAUGUAUACAGCACCUUGCAGUCCCUCUGCGACAGUUGUUAUGCUGGAUAUGCAAAGAGAUCCGACCAACAAACCAAAACAAUUGAUCCUUUUAUGGAUCGUAAAACAGCCGUGGAUUUCUUCAAGCGCGGAACGUCACGAGGAGGCGCUCGUGGGGGUAUCAUCGAUGAGUGUUGUCUGAAACGCUGCACGACCAAUGAGUUGAUGUUGUACUGUUGCGAGGAGAAACAGAGGGAGUACUUCUCAUUUGUUGGAUGGCUAUCACGGAGAUAAAAGCCAGGAGAUUGUUAAGGACUCCCGUGGUGUAAACAAACCAACUCUGCAUAUAUUAUAGUCAAAUUGUAUUUAUUUUAUUUGUUCUUCAUGUGUUAAGAAAACAAUAAUGCAACUUAUUGUCUAUGUGAAGGUAUUAUAUUUAUUACUAAAUCAAUAAUGAUUGACAUGAUCGUGUUUAUGAUCCGCCAAUAUUGGUUCCUGAAUUACUACUUGAACGUACUGCCUUUAACGUGUUAUUUUCGACAAAGUGCUUGCUUUUUUAACAUCUUGACAAAACUUGACCGGCGCCUUUGAGUGUUUUUCUGUUUCAUUAAAGUGCGCCUUAUAAAUACUGUAGUUUAUUUAUUGUUAUAAAUUAACACACAUUACAAACAAGUUUCUACUGUUCAAGAUAAGCAUGAUAAAUGUACCUGCCUUUUCUCUCCGUAUGAAAUUAGGAAAAAGGUAGUUCGAAACCAACUGGCUACAACAUUCUGAUCUAAAAGUACUCAUUCGCGGUUCAGAAAACGGUGUUGAACAAGCGUGAUUGUUCUUCAUUGAUCGUAUUGUAGAGUUACCCCCCCCCCCCCAACCAGCACAUUGAAAGUAGCUUUCUAGAAAAUAGGUGCUUGAACACAAUUUUGGUUUUAUUAAAAGUUUAAAAGAUCAAAUCACACAGAAACUUAGGCGCUACAACUUUGCGUUGUUUUUUCUGCAUUUAUUGUUUUCCAGAUGUCAACAAAAAACCAAAAGUUGAGACAACACCAGUAAUGUGUCUUAUAUAUAUCUUUGUUUUGUAUACCUAGGUUAAGGCUGUAGACAUUCUGGUAUUUCUGUUAUAUACAUUUAAAAACAAAUUUAUGUUUUGUUCGUUUGCCUUAAAAGACUAAAAUUUAGCGAGUGCGCGGAUGGUGGUGCGAAGAUGGUGUGUGUGUGUGUGCGUGCGUGUGUUGGGGGGGGGGGGGAGGGGUCUGGAUUGUCCCAGACUAGUUUAAUCAUCCUGCGAUUUAGUAAUAACUUUAAGACGCAAUCGAAUCGAAAUCCCCCGUCUACAACCACCCCUCCCCCCGUCAGACAACUUCGUGCAGCAGUGCCCCGGUCAAGUUCCAUGUGGAUGUUUUGUUUGUAAAUAACACCAACAGUUUCACUGGGAGGAGGGGUGGGUAGGAGGAGGGGUGGGUAGGAGGAGGGCAUGUGUAGGUAAUGCACCAAAUCAUAUUUAUUGGUACAUUUUCCGAACUCAUUUGAGGAAGGGAGAACUGACAGGGCCGGGCGCUGUCCAACCCUCCCAUGACAGUCACGCCAUGAAGCCCGUUGAUUCCCCUUAAGCAACAUUCCCGUUAAAACAAUUACCCAUUUUCUGACCAUCUAUUGUUCUUUAUUGCAAAUGAUUCCAAACCAUGGACACCAUUGGAAAAACUGAGUGUUAACACAAAAUAACACUCUAGUAGUACUUUGGCUUUCAUUAAUUUGUGUGGGGUAAAUGGUUGUUCUUAUUUGUUAAGGACCUUUUAAAGCUGACUCUAGGUGAUUUGUUUGAAUCAGAAUCAUGGAUCAUGCUUAACCUGAGAUAAAUCAGAAUAACCUAGCAUUAUGUGUGAUUCAAGUUGUUAAAGUGAACUACGACUAGUUAAAUGCACCAGUUUGUCCAAAGUGAAAUUUGGUGGACUUUGACACAGAUAUGUUGUACAGCAUUUCACCUGACCCGAAUUGGGUCAGAACAAGGUUACAGAGUCACAACCAAAGUCAGAUGUAAUCAACAUUGUAAAUUAUUAAUUAGUUUAUGGAUGGACGGUUUUCGCUUUAUUAGUCAAAUAACAAACAAGUUUGUAUCUAAAACAUAAUUAUUUGUUGUUGGAAAAGUGCCACUCACCGAAAAACUAUAAAUAAAAAAAUGUUUUUAUUUUUGAAUGUUUUGUGAACUGUAAAAAGAUGAUUUAAUUGUGGCGUAUGUUGAGAAUAAAGUACACAUUGUGCAAGCUA